UUUUUACUGUUUCGCUCGAAAUUUUGAAUGAGUAUCCGCCAUAGCCAGACCAUGACUUCCCCCCCUCCCUCGCAUUGCCGUUCUGCAACUUUUUCAUGCCUUUUUCGGUGCAUUCGGUCGCCUGUACAGGGGUGAAGGGCAGAUCUCAGUUGCGGGAUGUGGAGCGGAGCAGGUCGUCUGUGAGUGUGCAGAUUUCGGGAAGCUAAGAGAAUCGGGUGGUGUUCGUUCGUGUUUGGGGAUCGAUUGGUGAAUGCCUGCAAGGGAGGGAAAGUGGACCUGGAGUGAUACAGGUGCACGGUGCUGUAUCGGGAGCUGAUCGUGGCGGUCGUAGACCUGCUGUUUGCGUUGUCUGUGGCGGUAUCGGAUUAUAAUGCAUUUUUGAUUUGGUGGCAUUUGAGUUCAGAACUCAAUUUUGGACGAUUUGUUUUUAGUUUUUACAAAUGAGACGUUUGAGUCGUGAAGCUGGAUGUCCUGUCUUCGUCCGUCGUCUUGUAUACGGGUGUUCCACGCACAAUGUCACGAUUUCGGAACGUUGCAGCUUGAGCGAGCUUUAGUCUUGGCCACUGGGGUGAACAUUUUUAAGGUUGUUUAAGUUUCGCUGGGCUUUUGAAUUAGUGGCAGAGCUUGUGGAGGGUUUUGGCAUUUUAUUGGAGCGCACGCUCCUCAGUUAACUCGUUUCCUAUUUCCUUUAUUUUUGAAAUUUUUUAUAUUUAGGUCUAGAGGAAUUAAAGUCUUGGCAAGUGAUCGUAGUGAUUUGCAUGGGAACCUUGGAAGUGCAAGGUCGUUUCUUGAGGACAUGGUUAGAAAAUACUCACUUGUAAUCAAGCCUCUAUGUUCUGGUUACACUUCACGUGUUCAUGCAACAUUCCGCAAAGAAAUUUAUUAUAUGAUUGGUAUCAGCAAGUUGAGUUUGAGAAUUGGCAUUUCGAAGGUGUGGGACCCCCUACGAUGUGAGAGGAAACUGGAAAUUAUCAAUCGGAACGAUUUGGGAGUCUCAUCCUUAGGAAAAAUCUGUCCUACGGUUUGAAAACAAACUCUUGAGGAGAAUGAGUAUUACGUACGUAUCAGCUGCUUGAAGCUUAAAAAGUAGAGCUCAAAUCUGCCUAAAUUUAACCGUACUCAGAGUCUGAAAGGGUACUUUGUUCACCGCUGUGGUUUACGAAGUGGCUUCAAGCUAGCGCUGGGGCUGUCUUCGGAGUAUCUCUUAUGAAUCAAUAUCACAUCUAUGAGGCGAUCGGACGAGGAAAGCACUCAGUUGUGUAUAAAGGAAGGAAAAAGAAGUCAAUCGAGUAUUAUGCCAUCAAGAGUGUUGAGAAGAGCCAGAAAACUAAGGUUCUGCAGGAGGUUCGAACCCUCCACUCACUUGACCACAACAAUGUUCUCAAGUUCUACGCAUGGUAUGAAACAUCAGCACAUUUGUGGCUUGUUUUGGAGUACUGUGUCGGAGGUGAUCUCUUAACGCUCCUUAGGCAGGAUACACGACUGCCGGAGGAAUCUAUUCAUGACUUCGCCCGCGAUCUAGUUAAUGCUCUACAAUUCUUACAUUCAAAAGGAGUAAUUUACUGUGAUUUAAAACCGUCAAAUGUGCUCCUCGACGAAAAUGGUCGCCUCAAGCUUUGCGACUUUGGAUUGGCAAGGCGCCUUAGCGAUAUCGCCAAGAGCUUUGUUCAAGAGCUACCUCAAGCAAAGCGUGGAACGCCAUACUACAUGGCGCCUGAACUUUUCCAGGAAGGAAGUGUACACUCAUAUGGGUCUGAUCUAUGGGCUCUGGGUUGUGUCAUGUACGAGUGCUACGCAGGAAGACCCCCAUUUGUAUCUAGUAGCUUCACUGAAUUGGUAAACUCUAUAAUUUCAGAUCCCUUGCCGCCGAUAUCAGGGAAUCCUAGUCCUGACUUUGAGAAUUUGGUAACUCGUCUGCUUGUUAAGGAUCCAGUUGAGAGGAUACAGUGGGAUGAGCUUAGGAAUCAUCCAUUUUGGAGAACUAAGUGCAAGACGCUUCCAUUACCACCUCAACCUGCAUUUACAAAUUUCUUACGACUUACUCAGAGAUCCUCAUCUCCUGAAGAGAAGUCGGAGUCGAGAAGUAGUACUCCUGUAGAAAAGAGGGUUGCAGAUAGUAAGGGAUCUGUGGUUGACAGGGCAACUCUGCGAGAGAAAGGUCAGAGUUUAGCUAAAAAGCCUGAAAGUAAACACGUUGGACAAGCUGAAACAGGAUUUAUUCCUGAGAAAUCUAACCCUGGUCAAAGAGAAAAUGGAAGGAAGGCGGUUAAAGGGUUAAUUGGGAACGCACAGCCUAAGGCAUUGGACCCCAAGUCCAAAGCGGGAUUACCGGCAGUGAAUUUGCUAAGAUUGUCCAAAAUAGUGAAGACUAAUCUGCUGAAGGAAGCUGAGAAUGAUACUUAUCGGCAGCAGUCCAAAGCAAAUGGAACUUCCGAUGAUACAGACGUUACGAUAGAGAACCGCGACGUGGAGCUGAACUUCGGAGAAGGUGCUGAUAGUGAAGGCACAGAAGAGGAUGAUGAUUUUGCUAGCAAUGGUUCUAGUCCAACUGCUUCAACAGAGGAUAAUGAGCUGCGUAAGCGCUCUGCAACAUCCGAGCAAAUCCCAGCUUCCAAAGCGUGUAGUAGGGAAUCAACUACUGAAGCCGAGGAUCCCGUGCCAGUCAGUCCCCCGCAGUUUGAAAACAACGGUAGGUCCGAGGAUCAUCUUAUGACACAAAAUGAAGUUAAAGGAAAUCAGUUGGAUGCAAUGCGUCAUGUUGCAGCAACUCCACCAGGUGUGGGCAUCUCAAGAAAAGGCUCUCACCGUGCUCCACCUAGUAAUGAGGAAUCCAGGAAGGACCUUGGUGCUGGGCAUUCUAAUGCUAACAGACCUUUAGUGGUACUUUCACAAGCGCUUUGGCACCCAUCAGAUCUUUCUGUCAGGCCAAUCAUGCUGAAUCGGCGAAUAGAGAAGGUUCCGGAAUCGAAUUUCGAUUCACGGCUGCUUCCUGUCGAGCGAUUGACUUCUUCUGAGUUUGUGAAGCUGGAAGCGGAGCAGCAGAAAGUCUUUUUGAAUAAGAUCAUGGGGAACAUUCAAGGAAGCACAGUUUCAGUGAAUGAGAAGAUCAACACGUUAAAAUAUUUAGAGACUCUAUGUACAAACAUUGGCGCAGCCAAUACAUUAAUUAAUGGAGUAUUGAUGCCUUUGCUAGUGAAACUGCUGCGCACCAUGAAAAUCCCAUCCCUGCGUGUGCAAUUGACAUCCGUUAUGGGUCUACUUAUCCGCCAUGCUACUCUCAUUGAAGAGGAGCUGGCAGGUUCAGGGAUUGUGGCAGUCUUGACAGAGACUUUACGAGAUAAACAGGACAAGGUAAGGCGCUGUGCAAUGGCAACUCUUGGAGAGCUGUUAUUUUAUAUCGCAACACAGAAUGACGGAUCCCCUAGAGCAGGUGGUGGCCUCGAUAACUCAGUCAAGGACGUCAAGUCUUCCAAUACGUGGCAGAUUCCAGGUACAACGAUUGCAUUGAUAUCUUCUAUACUUCGAAGGGGUGAGGAUGACGUUACCCAGCAUUAUGCAUUGAAGACUAUCGAGAAUAUCGCAAGUCAAGGUGGAGAUUGGGCUCAACGCUUUACGAAUAAUGAAAUUAUCGACAAUCUUUGUUACACCUUUCGAGCAGCAGCCAAACCAGAAAACCUGAGGGUGACAGCAGGUUCUUGUUUAGUUCGCCUGGUCCGAUUCCAGCGAACCACAAUCCUUGUUGUUCUUGAUAAGAUCACCUGUAAGGAGCUUGUGGGGGGACUUGCCAAAGGGAGUGGACGAGAGCAACAAGUGAACAUCAAUCUCAUCAACAUGGCUCUUGAAGGUAGCAGUGUUAUGCCUAUGAGCAAGUAUCUUCAUGCCCUUGUGGAGGAGAGGAGCCUAGUACCCAAUGUAGUUGCCAUGCUGGAGCAGGGUCCAGAAAUCCUUCGUGGCAAGUCUUUGGUAUGUUCUGCGCUGUUGUGUAAAAAUCGACGGUGGUUACCUUCACUCUGUAAUGCGAAGAUGCUGCCUGCAGCAGAGAGAUUAUCAAAGGAAAAGGACCCAUACGUGCAGCAAUGCAUGGAAGCUUUGGUGCAAACUGUUGUUGGUGUCGUUCCUAGUAUAUUGGAAACGAUCAACACAGACAUUGCUCUAUUGGCUAGCGGAAGGCGAACUCCAGGACCGGGCUCAUCACCUGCUCGUGGCUCACCAAGAAGUUCCCUUCCUUUGUUUCCGGUGAUAUUAAACUUGAUAAAUAGUCCCGCUUUCAGGAGUCGUAUGUUAGACGAACAUGUGCUGGAGGGAUUGGCAUCCUUUCUCAAGCGACUAGAGACCUCUUCUUUUCCGGGACAAGUUGAAUUCCAGUCUACACUCCUGCAGAUAGUAGAAGUUAUCUCUCAACAGUCACCAGCAUUGUUGACUUACCCUGAUACAUUCAUUUCUGAAGUGUUACCGAGCCUUGCUAUAUUGUACGAAAAGAACACUGAUGGAGAUAUACGGUUCCUUUGCCUCAAAGUUUUCUUUGAUAUCUUAGUUGUAUUUCUUGAUGAUAUCUCCUCUAUCAACACUACCAAGGACCAGCAACCGUCAAGAACCGUAUUGAGUGCGCCCAGACGGGAGAAACUUGAAGACAUUGUUAAGCAGCACUUUCUACCAAUGUACCCUAUUCUUUUGCAAGAUGAAGACCCUAUACCUAUGUAUGCUCAAAAACUUCUGGUUAUGCUGCUCGACCUCAAAUGCAUUCAAAUCGAGGACAUACUUCAGCUCAAGUUAAUAUUUCAGUUCUUUGAGUUCUUACAAUACGACUUAGCCAGCAUAAAUCUUCACAACGUGCGGCUAUGUCUAUAUUUGGUAUCUUCCCCAAAAAUGGAUUCAGUAGUUCUAUCAGAUCUACGGAUUGUAAACCACGUGGGAGCACUAUUGGAUUUCGUGCAUGCCAAAGGCAUGCAAGAUUUCCUUGACCCGGUUCUGUCAGUUUGUCGAUUCUUCCUCAUUCGUAGUCUUGAAGACUGCUUGGAGUCAAAAAGUAGCAAUGCCACGGCAACGACUGCUGUCGACGAGAUAGUUUCUCGAUCAGCUAUACAGGACAUUGGAGACCUAGGAAAGUAUGCGGCCAUUUUCGUGGAGCUUUGUGGAAGCCGAGAACCCCAGGUUGCAGAGACGGCAGCUGAGUGUCUAGUUUUAAUGAUCAAGGCUGCCCCGCAGUCAUCAGUUGGGCCCAUUUUUUCAACUGCGGGUCGCUUUGUGAACUUACUGGAAAUCUGUUCACAAUUUCACACGCCGUCUUUAUCAGCAAAACGUCAGAGCCAACUCUUGUUUGUAAUAUCUGCCUCGUGCAAAGGGCUACGUGAAAUGCAGACGAAUAAACAGUCUUUUCGAAUUUCCUCUCCCUCGAGGUCUGACUUAGUAGCACUCGAGAAUAUUGUUUUGCGCUUUCGUACGUCAAGCUCACCUCAAGUAUCAGAGGCUGCUGUUAGAGCUACCUUGGAGUUGCAACGCGUGACUCAAACUGCAUAUAGCGUUGUUCAGGGAUCAACGUCAGAGCAGCAUUGAUUCGUGGCUUGGAGAGUAUUUUCCAGCGUUAUCCAGAUUUAGCAACUGUAGACAGCCAUUCUUAUGGUGGACUGCUUGGAGGCUUUAAGUGAGGUUGUAAAAUAAAUAGAAACUUCAUAAGAGAGAAAAACUAGCAGCUCAUGUACCUACCCUCAGUGAGCCUAAGAUGGUCGGAUGCAAUCAAGCCUUUUAUUUUCUUCUAGUGACUGUGAAUUUGAAAUAACCAAGACUGUUGAACAUGAUCAUGUAUUUGAUAGGUUGUGGAAUUAGCAGGCUUAGAUUCGGUAAUUACUAACAUUCUUUAUUACUUCUAUGCCUAGGCACUGCUACCACAAACGCAUCAAUCGUAAUUGAUACGAAGCCUUUGUACACUCAUGUAUUCACACAAAUACAAACCCAUGUCUCCAAGUUUGUAUGUA